CAUUGCUUCCUCGCUAUAAGAUGAAAUCUUCAAUGUCUCUGCCUCAACAACAAACAAGGGCCGCCUGGCAACAGGGUAGUGGGUCGUCGUCAGAUUUCAUUGAUCUUGUUAAUGACGACGAUAGUAACGAAGAGGAUCACGAUGCCCGUAAAGAUGCUUCCCUUGAUAAUUUUGAAUACAGUAAAAGAUUCGCGUUUAUUGGGAAAACUAAAAAACUUGACCUCAAUCUCGAUGAGACGAGGGAUGCCAUCAUUCGAUCCUUCAAAAUUAAGGAGCGAGACUUUCGGCCCAAAUUGACCAGGAGUGAACAAAAGAUCCUGGUUGAGGUUUUCCACCCUGUCUCCCGGAAUCUACUUGGUUUUAUACGUUUCGAGUACGAUUCCAAGGAGGAGGGCACUCUAGAGAUUACGAAUUUCCACGCGAAUCUGGAAAUUUCUCACUUGGUCGUAGGCUCUUCGAGCAAGAGAGGUGAUGUAGAACAGGCAGGGCAGCAUGGAGAAGGCAUGAAACUAGCGUGUCUAUUGCUUCGCCGCAAAGGCUAUGCUGUGGGCAUAUUGAGCUCGGGAUUUGAUUGGAAAUUCCUAUUCGAUAAACGUUCAGUUCUCAACUGCCACAUGAGCAGACUAGCUGAUGCAGAAGCGGCGAGAGAUGCGAUGCGUGCAUCCAGCGGCGUCCAGAGGCUGGCUCGUUCCAAUGCAUACAUGGACGUCAGUAUUAGAAUUGGGUUCAAGUUGACUGGAUUAGACGACAUGGGUAUUAAACGCAAAACAGACAAGAUCCCCCUCGCCGAGUUCGAGCGCUGGAUGGAAACUUCUCUUGACCUUCAAGCUCUCAAAUCUGUUUUUCGUACUAGCGUAGGUGAUAUUCUAUUAGACGAAGCACAGAGCAACAAGCUGUACCUUCGAAGCCUGCUCCUCCCGCACGGUAGCUCUGACGGAAGUCAACUUCGUUAUGGAUACAAUUUCUUGAGAGGAAAUACCUCCCGAGAAAGAGUAUCCUUGUUGGAUAGUGAGCAGGAGUUCUCCACCAGGUGGAGGAUGUGGGAGGCUGCAGUUAACGAGUAUGGAGAGUCUGCAUUGGUUAUCUAUACGAAUUUAAUCCUGGAGGACGAGAAAUUCUCUGAUUCCUCGGUUUCAUUUUUCACCAAGACUCCUGAACCCAUGAUAAAUGGUAUCGGCACAAGUCUCAUAACUCAGGUCUGGCGUCAGAUGUUGCAGAUGAAUGGGGACGCUGGUGGUCGCUCGGCGUUCUACUACAAUGCACGGGAGGCAAAUGAAGCAAACACACAUAUAAUCACGCAGUAUCUCAAGAAACACCCAUAUCCAUUAAGGGCGGAGCUGUGGAUUCAACUUCGCCGGGCAGGGUUAUGUCGUACCCCAGCGGAGGAGCAAUUGCAUAUCUUCUCGGGAUUUCCAACGAUAGAAAGUUACCCAAAAACAGAAUUUGCCGUGCAUCUUAGCUGGAUGCUCGACUGUUGUUUCAAAUCUCAUUCCACAACAGCUGGGAUAGAGUACGAAUUUGUGAAUGCAGGGGAUGCUGGCCUUGAUCUCGGUUUCCGUGAUUCGAAAUGGCUCAUCAACGCAAGGUGGUUGGCAUACGACGGUGCUCACAAAGAUGCAUUCUGUGAAGAGAAUGCCCCAGCUGAGGAUGAGCCUUUCUUCUGCGAUCACGUCGUUCUUUGGUUGUGGGACCUCGUUAUAACAGGAAUCAUAGCUAAAGACAGCAACGGGGAGGUGGCCAAAACGUAUGGCUGGCUGAAAUCCAUGGUUGGAUCUCGGCUGGCACAGAUGCCCAGGCUCAUCCAAUGUAGACGCACUCCCUUCAAAGAGGAGUUGGAGGUCUCUUGGGACUGUACAUACUCAGAGAAAAACAAGGACAACCCGAUUCGGGUGACGUUGCACGCGAAUAAUUGCACGGGUGUGGAUGAAGAUUCUUUGGAUCAUCCAUUGCGUUAUCACUUCAGAGAUGAAGAACAGGACCAGAAGUGUGGGUGUGCAUUUCAGGUGUCGACGGUAUCCAGUACUAGCGUAACAUUCACGAAUCUGGACUCUAGCAAGAAGCAUCUUGCGAAGGUUUCUCUGGAUCGCAAAGGGGCAUUCUUUGGCCUGGCACCUACCGAGAUCAGUCCAUACGCCGAGGAUCUCAUCAAACCCGAAAAGAGAGUCACAGCCACUGUUUCUAACCCAUCCGCACCCGGUCCAGAUGAACCAAACGACAACUCAUCAGACGAUAGCGGUGUUGGUGAUGUCCAGCUCGCUGAUGGGGUGGGUGAUGUAGGGCAAGAAAACGGCAUUCAUAACACAAAUGCCACCGCUACUACUACUAAUGACGACGAUGAUAGCGACAACGAUACACUUUAUCGAGAUCCCACACGCACAGCAUCUCCGUCCGUAAGGCGAAGAGAGACAGAAGCAGCAUCAUCCAGACCGGAUCUUCCAAGCCAUGCUGCUGAAAGACGUGGAGAGCAUGAGAUUGAAGGCCGACACAAUGCACAAACAACAUCUGCGCUUCAAAAUCGCAGUCCCCCGCGAGAUAGAACUAUUAACGGUCGACGAACCCAUAAGCCCACCGACACUGAGCGAAACAACCCAGUCUCUGGACUCCCACACGAUGAUCGAUCGACUUACUUGCAAGAACGCAAUCAGACUACUCACCCGACAUUCAACAGAAAUCAAGAGGGACCCCAACACGACGACGAUGAAGUGACUGUCACUCAUGAUAGCAAUCGGAUCGCCCAUCUGACCGGCACUGGACACCAAGAGUCUGCCCUCUCCAUCAUCCGACCGGAGCCAACUAUCGCCGGGCCUGGAAUCUACCAAAUCAGCACCCCAGUAAGCCACCGCGACCUAAACUGGGAAUCCGGCUUCCCAGGAACCCACGACUUCUUCCGCACAGCAAGCGACCCCAACACCUUCAUCGCCAAACCCAAAACCCCCCAGUCAUCCUCCACAACCACCACCACAACGACAACAGUAACCACAACAACCACCACAACCACAUCAACAGCACCCGAACCCUCCAGUAGAAAACAUCCCCGCUCCCCAAAUACCUCACCCCCAAACAAACGGCCUAGAACGCACCCCUCGUAGAUCCCCCAGACUCACCCAUUUCCCGGGGGGCGGAUAUUCACAUGUUCGUAUGUGUACCCCCCGAGAACUGCGAAACAUCCGCGGCUCCAUAUAAUCUCCACCACGCCCAGAGCCCUACCACACUUCCAACAUGAAUCCCAGUGGCGAUCCUGUCGCCCGCCAAUUAGGUACUGGGGAAAAGGAAGGAGAAUGUGCAUAUACGACAGUGGGCGUGUAUGAUGUCGUCGGUCACGUAGGAUUGUUCCUUUUCCCCGAGAAUGACGACUAGAGUUUGACUGGACUGUUUUGACAAGAGAUGUGGCGUCAAGGUGAGGUGCGGCGGAGUCGGACGGAUGGGGUUUAUGCUUCGUGUGUUUGGUUUGUGCCUCAUUGCGUCAAUGUGAGGAGGGAGCAUGUGCCCAUGUACCACUAGUAAAUACGAUAACCUCAUGAAAAAUUGAAACUGAAAUCGAG